CCGUUCUGUAUAGUGGGUAUGUGAGCAGUUAGUGGUGAAGGGAAAUAAGGAAUUUAACAGUUAAUAAUCACAACCACAGCAUUCACUGUUGCCAUGGUUAUGAACAAAUGCUACAAUAUCUGGCAUAAUUAUAGAUGAUUACAAUCAUGCACUGUGACUCAUAUUCGUCUUUUUGUGGACCAUAAACCAUAUUAUAUCACAGCAACUCAAGUGGACCAGCUAAUUGUACACUCUAGAUCUCCACUACUCAUAUAUAGAGGUAGCCUCGUUCCCAGGCCAAUUUUUUUGUAUGGAAUGGAAUGGAGGAAAAUGUGGCCUGGUGUGUCUGCAUGCACUUAGUUAUGCUGUAAAAUGUGCUGUAAAAUAUGGGGAAUCUAUAAAGGUGCUAAUAUUAAUGAAUUCCAUGAUGACAUGCACAUCUGAAUUCUCAUUGGUCAGUUUGAAUUCAAGACUUCAAGUUCACUCAAGACUUCAAGUUCACUCAACAAGCUCAAGUUUUCUUAUUCAUUUCCAAGAUAUUGAUCUCCUCUCAUGGCUCUGAAAAGUACAAGAAGAAGGAAGCCUAAUUCCAAGUACCCAGAGCUAACAAAUGAAGAAAGUGCAUGGGCACUAGACAGUGUAGCACGUGAUGUGACAGUGCUGUGUAACCAAACUGCAGAGGUGAUGACUGUUAAGGCUUCUAGGCUUAGCAAAGAGGAUGGUAACAUCAGAAAAUCAGACUUUUUUUACUGGAAGCCAGCUUCUGCUUCUUGAGAAAGGGGGUCACUAUCCAGUGACCAUCAUCCCUGAUAGGGUUACAAGGAAAAGAAAGGCAGGAAGUGCGGAAGUACAACCGAAGAAACAAGACAGUGAUCAAGAGUUGAUGUUAUCAGAUGAGGAGAGUCAAAGGAUGGAAAAGGAGCAACAGAGAGAUGAGACGAAAAUCCAGAAGGAAGAUGAAGAGAAGAAGCAGAGGGAAGAGCAGAAGAGAGCUCAAAAGAAGGACGAGAAACGUAAAAGAGAGGAAAAAGAAAACAUCCUACAGCUAGCAAAAAAACAACAGACGAACAUCUUUAAUGGUCCGGUAACUGUCAUACCUGAUAGGAAGAGGAAGGUAUGUGAGGAAGCUGAACUACAGUCAAAGAAACAAUGUUCCAGAGAUAGUACUGAUGAUGAUUCAAUGUUCUCAGAAGAUGAGGAAUGGCAAAGGAUGGAUGAAGAGAGGGAUGAGGAGAGGCGAAGGAAAGCAAAAAAGAGAAGGAAGAUGAAGAGCAGAAGCAGAGGGAAGAGCAGAGGAGAGCUCAAAAGAAGGACGAGAAACGUAAAAGAGAGGAAAAAGAAAACAUCCUACAGCUAGCAAAAAAAAAACAGACGAACAUCUCCAAUGGAAGUGUAAGUACUCAAAGAAGUCGAGAAGCAUUUGAAAUGCCUGACUACUUCAAGGAAUUUCAAGAGGAAGUUUUUAGCAAACUUGCUAACAUUGAAAAACUGAUAAGAAAGCGGAGAGAUGUGGGUAUGAUGGAAGAUGUCAAGGAAGAGAACCCUAAAUACAUGCAUGAAGGCACCAAUUUACUAACGCUGAUUUCCAAAGAUGCAAUGGCAUAUGGAAGGAUUUUGCUGGACCACCUUUUUAGUAAGGCAGAACAAAAGACCUCACUGUUCCACAAGGCACACACCAACAAAUCUUCAAAACCCAUAUUGGACAAAGAAAAAGUCGCCCUGCUAUACUAGGUAAAUAUAGUUUCUAAGUUGUGCAUGACUCAUGCCAACAAGCGAAGUAGAAACCCUGCAUGCAUAUUAUCUUUGGUAAUAAUUAUAGUUGUAUAAAUAAUAGCUAUAGAAACGGAAUUAAGUGGUUAGGUUGAUAGUGAUUUAUCUAUGGCUAGCUAUAGUGUUUCUCCAGCUAAGAUCCUGGUUAGAACUCCUCCAGAUGUAUAUGAAAGGUGCAGUGCUCUCAACAUUUGUAGCAAGCAUAUCUCCUAACUGAAUAGGGUUCACUGGGGUUAAGCAGUUAGAUUUAGGUCUAAACUAUACUACCCUUGAUCUUUAGUCACAGAAUAACUAUUGUGGCGAACACAUUACAUUGAAAACCAAUGUAAAGAAUGCAAUUAAAUAGAGAUCACGAGAUGCGUGUCGUACCUCGGGACACCAACUACCAGUGCUUUCUACGUACACAAACAUGACUAGCUCUGGUGUCUAAUGGACCAGGUCAACAGAACAUGGGGAGGCUCAGUGGCUAGUGGCCACUGAGAUGUGUGUACAGCUACUUACACUCACCUCUCUGGGUACAUCAACAUUGGCCCCAGCAUC